AGGUGCGACAGUCUUGUCAGUUGCGAUCGCUAUUUCGUAUGGUACGUAUCGCGGCACGAAGAUUUCGUGAGAGUCAGUGAGAGAGCGCUUUCAAGAGUGUUUCAUGUUACAUUUUUACUCGAACAACAAACGAGAAACUGACGUCUAAUCGUCGGACAUCAUUGCUGGCACAUCUCGUGUGAACACAAAGCAAAUAUGAGAAUUAAAACAGUCCCAAGGCACAGGAUACUCCAAAGGAACACGAGAGUUGCGUCUGCAACGGAAACUUCCACAGACGCGGAAACUAUCAUUAAUAUAAAAAAGAAUAUCGACUCCGCAUACACGAUGAACGGUCAAAAUUUGUACAAUCAGGCAUACGAGUCACCUUCAGCUAUUCUCAUUCCUGGCACUGUGUCCAGUACCUCGAGCAGUGAACUGACCUUGCCAUCAUCCACCAGCGUAUCAUCGUCGCUCACGAACGAUAACAAUAAUAACACAGAAGUCGUGAAUCUGUCAAUUAAAGACGCUUCCAGUUGCGUCGAUAAAACUGGCUCAGGUACCUCCGCCGAGCCAGACGAUAAACUGAAGGACACGUUUCUCUACAAGAUUAUGACCGAUCCGAACUUCCUGGAGAACAUACAGAGAAACAAGCAGCCGAAAAAGUUUGUCUGCAUCUUCUGUAAGGAAGAUUUCACGACGUGCGAGGAAUUGACGAGUCAUAUGGACGUGAAGAAGAACGAUAGCAAUCAGAUCGCCUGUUGCGCCUGCAAGAAGACCUUUGCCGAGAAGAGGUACUUGAAGUACCAUCGGAGAUGUCACUCGGAGAGGACCAAAUUCACCUGUGACAUCUGCACGAGGAAGUAUACGAGAUUGGACAAUUUGACGAGACACAAUGUGUUGCACGUGAACCCCGACAAGUUCUCCUGCACGAUCUGCAACAGGACCUUCACGCGCAAGGAUCUGUUGAAUAAGCACCGAAAGAGCCACGAGAAGUACAAUCUUUACUGCGAGAAAUGCGGCAAGUACUUUAGAAAGAUUCUCACGUUGGAAAACCAUCAGAAAACGCACGGCGACACGUCGAACGCUUCGAUGAGCACGGCUGCCUUUGAGACAGAAACGUCCGUUAAGAAUGUACAGUGCAAAACCGAGAGUGUAGCCAGUGCCAAGAAUAUAGUUUGCAAAACUGAGAAUUCAGUCAGGGAUGAGGAUCUAGUUUGCAAAACUGAGGAAUCUACUCUUAGGGCUCAGAACUUGCCUUUCGAUGAAAGUGUUUGUUAGGCAAAGUUACCAUAUUUCUGUUUGGUCUCAAUUUAUUACAUCUCUCGAUAACCGAAGCGGAAGGUAUUAGUCAACGAAGGCAUAAUAAGUGGUGCAAAAAUAGACGCGGUAUUGUUAAAUUCUCUCUCGUAUAUGUAAUACUGGCUCUUGCGUAAUUAUUGUAUCCUGAUCUGUGUUAUGUAGCAGGCUCUCUUGCAGUGUAUAACUUAGGGAUUUUUGUUUACACGAUUGUUUUGCUAUUUUCUUGACUUAUUGCAGGUAGAACGCGGUAGAUGAGAAUAUAUUUUACGGUUAAUAUACGCGUAUAAAUUAACUAUAAACAUAUAUAAUUAAUCAAUUAUUGUUUCGUUAUUACCGCCGUGUCAGAUAUUUCUCAACGUAUUCUUAUCGUUAUCAACAUCAGAAGCUAACAAACGUACAGUAGUCUAAAUGAUCCAAAUGUAUCUGAAUAACUUAAAUUUAAAUAAUCUGUAACAAACAUACGUUUCUCAAGCAAACAUGAACGCAUUUUUCUUUAUUGUACAAAAUUAUAUUAAACGACUAAGAA